UGAUUUCUUGUUUACUUUUGUUUCUUAAUUAUGUCUAACAAUAAUCCACGAGCUAAAUUAAAAAAAUUACAAAUGGAAGAGAAAGUUUUAAGAAAAUUAAUUGAUCUUCUUAGUGAUCAGAUAAGAUCUGUUUCAACUGAGAGAUUAUAUUUACAAUAUCAUUCAUCCGAUAAUCCAACAGAAAUGACCAGUAGUCAAAGUAGUAGUGAAACAGUUAAUCAACCUGCUACAACAUCAGAGAAUACACUUAAUCUGGAAGUUGAUAAAACUCUGGAAUCAUAUAAGCGUUCAGUUAAUCGUGAUGAUCAAGAAAUUGAGGAAGAUUAAACCAAAGGAAAGAGAAAGUGAAACAAGUGUAUUGAAUGAAUCAACGUCAACCAUAUUACAUGAUGAGAUCCACCUUGAAAUGGAAAUUCAAUUUUAUACAAAUAUCAUGAAGAUAUAUCAUGAAAAAUGGGGUAGUUAGAAAGGAGAAAAAAAAAGGAACAACCCUGAACAUACCUUUAGAAUUGAUAAAGUUCUGUGAGAGAGAUAAAGAGACAGAGAGAGUUAGUGAGAGAGAAAGAUAAAGAAAGAGAAAGGUGGGUUAUGGGGAGUUGAAAAGGGUUGAUGAUGAUCGGGGAAAGAGAGGGAAAAGAUGACGAUGAGCCUUCAUGUAGCAAAUGUCCCUAAGGUGUAUACGAAAUUGAAUAUUAGUCUGAAUACAUGGGAUUCUGUUAAUCAGAAGAGAUUCUAACCCGAUCCUGUGUGUGUCUGUUUCUUGUGUUAAUUGUGUUACUAUUAAUUUAGUUUGUUAACUUGUCUGUGUUAAUUUGUUUUCCCUUUUCUUUUAAUUUCUUCUCAUUUUCUUAUAACAAUUUUUUCUUUCCUUUCAAAUUUCAUUUCACUAACUAAUAUCAUCUAAAUCAGUUAACCAUCUCAACUUGACCAACUAUUUCUCGCUAAAUUGUUCACCAUUUGGUUAUCUAAUUUAAAAGUGUAACAAUUUAUAUUUGAUUCCAUCAAAAUUUCAAUUAAGUGUUUUACUAUUAAUUGGAUAAUCUUUAAAUCAUCUUAAUCUUCAAAUUAUUAUUCAAUUUUAUUGGAAGUUUAAAAUCAAUAAGUAAUUAAACGAUUAAGAGGAAAUAUGUUAACCCAAUUGUUAAUCAUUGUAAUAAUUAUUGAAACAAUUUAUCAACCAGCCAAUGGACAAGAUUGUCUAACUACCCAUAAUUAUUUAAGAGCAAUUCAUGGAUCAUCACCAUUGGAAUACGAUGAAGAGUUGGAAAGAUUUGCCUUGAAACGAGCUGAAUACAUGGCGACUACCGAUAUCUUCCAGCACCCGAAGCGUUUACCUUAUGGUGAAAACUUGUACUGGCGAAAAGGUUCCGUUCCGACCUGUCAAGACGCCGUCAUGAAUUGGUACAAUGAAAUUUCACUCUACCAAUACAAUUGGCCUCGAUACUCGCCCAAAACUGGACAUUUCACCCAAAUCGUUUGGAAAGAUACCCAAAAAAUUGGCUGCGCUGCCGCUCAAAGCCCUCGAACCGAAAGGAUUUACAUCGCUUGUAACUAUUACCCUCCGGGCAACGUGCGAGGUUUUUUCAAGCAAAAUGUUGCUUAUCCUCUUUAUGGUCAAUCAAGUAAAUAGUAACAAAGUAAAUGGUCAAACAAUUACAAUCCCUUUGGUCAUCUACAACAAUUUAGCUUUUAUAUAUAUACAAUUAAUUUUAAUUACCGUUCUAAUCAUCA